AUGACACGAAUAACAGAGUGGCGCAAGCUGCCAGUCUCGCUGACCGAGCUGUGUCUCGCAACCACCUUGCGCUGCGGGCAGUCCUUCCGCUGGCGCCAAUGCGACGACCAGACCUGGGCGUGCACGUUGCGCGGCCGCAUCGUACAACUGUCCCAGCCAGACAAAUCACAUAUCGAGUACCGCUCGAUAUGGCCUGCUGCUGCAGCUGCGACCUUCGAAGCGCCUUUGACGCCUCCUUCAUCUAUACCGCCGACCACCGCCGGUGGGGAAGAGGUCGAGAACGACGACACGAAAGCCCUGCUCCAAUACUACUUGAACCUCGACCCGAACCUUGAGGCGCUCUACGCGCAGUGGUCUGCCUCGGACGCCAAUUUCCGCAAGAAAGCGCCCAAGUUUACGGGCGUCAGGAUACUGCGACAAGACGCCUGGGAGGCGUUGAUCGGAUUUAUAUGCAGCAGCAAUAAUAACAUCGUCAGGAUAUCGCAGAUGGUGGACAAGCUGUGCACGCACUAUGGGGCGUACAUCGGCACGCUGCAGGGGCGGGCGUACCAUGACUUCCCGCCGCCGUCGGCGUUGACGGGCAAGAACGUCGAGGCGCAUCUGAGAGAGUUGGGCUUCGGCUACAGAGCAAAGUACAUCUAUCAGACGGCCAAGAUGGUCGCAGAAGAACGAGACGCUGGCUGGCUGGAUAGUCUGCGCAAUCCGGAGGCGCCGGCAUAUGGCACUUCGAGGCCCUCGCCCGCUGGGGAGAUGAAACCAGAAGGCCGAGAUGGUUACCGCGUCGCGCAUGCGAAACUGCUUGACCUGCAAGGCGUGGGACCAAAGGUCGCGGACUGUGUCUGUCUCAUGGGACUGGGCUGGGGGGAAGUAGUGCCCGUGGAUACACACGUGUUGCAGAUCGCGCAGCGGGAUUACAAGCUGGCGAAAGGCAAGAACAGUAGCAUGACGAAAGCGACGUAUGAUACGGUUGCGAAUCACUUCCGCAAAAUCUGGGGCAAGGAGGCCGGCUGGGCGCACAGUGUGCUUUUCACGGCGGAUCUGAGAACGUUUGCGGAGAGGCUGACGACGAAGACAGAGGUAAAGGUGGAGGCGGGCAUGAAAGAAGACCCUGUGAAGAAGGAGGAGGAGGAUGAUGAUGAGGCUGAAGUAGUUGAGAAAACGACGGUACGGCGGGGUGCGCUGAAGCGAGAGCGUGAGGAGGAUGAAAAGGCGAAAACUGUGGUACAGAUUGAGGAGAUCACCACGAGUGCUAGCGAGAAGGUCAAACGACGACGUCGUGGUAAACGAUGA